CUUGAGUUUAACAUCAUUUACUGUUGUUUUAUUUUUGUAAAUUACCAGUUUGAGGUCCAUUAUGUUGAUCUCCCGUAAGGAAAUCAUAUCGUUAUUGCUUUUCUUUACGGCGAUAAUUUGCGUGGUGAACGCGUCAAUCUUUGCAAAUAUCCUGCCCCUCUAUAUCAGUUAUGAGCAGCUGGCUCACCAGGUGGUCACUGCGGGAACCGCCCACAUUUGCCUGCUUUAUGCCUUUAGCACCUGGUUUUACUACUCAAAUUAUUCGAGGACUCGUCUGCAGAUGCGAUUAGUGUUUGUGAUCAUGCUUUUAAUUUUGAUGCUGCUGAACGCCGUAUCUGCUUAUUUCUUUGCAAAAGGUGUCUCCUUUGAGAAACUAGGAGAAUGCAUGCAGCUAACCUUUCUAUUUAGCACAUUUGCGAUUGCAUCGAAAUAUGUCAGCUUGGGUAUGUCGAUCACCAGCAUUCUAAUCCUGCUGGUGGUCUUGAUUGUGAUCUUAGUAACUAUUAUCCAGUCACGAACGAGAAACCAGCACGAGAAUAUUCAGUCGAAGGUGGAGGCACAGUAGCAAUAAACUCCUCAUCCCUGUGGGAGUGCACAUUAAGUUUGGUUUUCAUGCAACGCCAAACAUUUUCAUGUCGCUGCAAUGUGGCGCCGCAGUUGCAAUAAUAUAAAUAUUAUACUCGUACGUCGUUUCGCACAGACAGACACGAACUGCAAGCAGCAUCUCCUUUAUAUUUUCACCCACAGAUUCUGUCUGUGUGCUUUUCUUUGCAGGUGAUAUAAAAAAAUAUAUAAAGGAAUCUUUGUUGUUCUUCGCACAGGUCGCAGGAUGCUCUUGCAGUUUUAAGGUUUUACUAAAGAGAAAAUCAAAAUUAUUCACCAAUGCAGAAAUAUUCAAUAUUUUUGUAUACUU